AUUUGAGCUUCCAUUCUUGCAGCGCGUUCUAAAUGUUCGUCAGUAUCCCCGAUCGAUGCAUGUCCUCAAUUUACCCUUGCUAUUUUGAUUUUACAUUUUCAUGGAAUUGUUGACUCAGAUAUCGUUAACAUACUGACAUCCUGUCACUAUCUAGGUUAUUUUGUCCUUGAAUUCCACCUCACUAGUUUUUUUUUCUUCUGUGAGAAUCAGGGUUAUAGUAUGUCCUCAGUAUCACUUGUUUGUCGUAAGUAUAAGAGGGAUUUGAAAAACAAGGAUAAGACAAAUCAUCUUUGCUAUAUCUUUCCAACUCACGGAACUACUAACAGCUGGGACUUCAAACAUAUUCUGUCACAACAUGUUCUAAAACAUUGUAAAGAACUUUUAGUAAGUUUUAGAUCACACACGUUUUUCAAAUCAAUAUCAAAACGACUUCUGAUAUUUUACACGACCAUUCCUCGUGAUAACAUAAAAACUAGAUUUCUUGACAUUAAAGACGGUUGCUUCUUCAACAAAACAGGAAAUAUUCAUAUCUAGUGAUCACUCAUUCAAAAAGUUACUUUCUAAAAUGCCACUCUGCCUCUAUGCACAAGUACUCUGAAGAUGAUAUUACAACGAUGAUUGAGCUCCUUGUUGACAAUAUAUCCGUAGUCUUUGGUAUUCAGGUUUGGAAUUCCCUUGUGCUCUUUUGUCAGCUGGCACCGGAGUGAUCCGCAUUUGCUUUGUACUUUGAUAUUUUAUUGACAUAGAUGAUAACGGCAAACUAACAAUUCAACAUUAUAACAAACGUUAUUCAUUCAGGUCCUCCGUCGUCAACUUUCCAUAUUUAUAGAACAAUAUUUAUGUCUCCCUUUCAUAUUGUUUUUGUCAUUUUUCUUCUUAUCAUUAUUAUUCUUAUUCUUCUUCUUCAACCAAAUUUUGUCCGGGCACUAACUAAAGAACCCUUUGACUUUAAGACUUCAAACUUGGAAUAUGAGAAGGGGGAAAGAGGGAAUUCCACCAAAAUUUUUGACCUUGACCCAUUUAUAAAGUCAAGGUCAAUUUGUUAUGUCAAACACAAGGAGAUGGUAUGGAGAAGGGGUGCCCGCCCCCCAAAACCGUUGACCUUGACCCACUUAUAAAGUCAAGGUCAAUCUUUUACGUCAACAUUAAAGUUUGACAUUAAAACUUCAAACUUGGAAUAUGGAGAGAUGAUAUGGAAGCGUGGACCAACAUUUUUUACCUUGACCCUUUUUCCAUGCAAGGUCAAAUUAAGAAAAACAUGAAAUGACCAUAGCUUUAGAACGCUUUGACAUUAAGACUUCAAACUUGGAAUAUGAGAAGGGGGAAAGGUGUAAUUCCACCACACAUUUCUACCUUGACCUAUUUAUAAAGUCAAGGUCAAUUUUGUAUGUCAAAAUAUAGUCCAGGCUAAAAGCUGACUUGACAACCGUUUGACAUUAAAACUUUAAACUUGGAAUAUGGAGAGGUUAUAUAGAAGAGGGGUGCACAACACAAACAUUUUUGACAUUCAUCCACUUACAAUGUCAAGGUCACUCUUUUACAUCAAGACUAUAACCUGAGAACUAUUUGACAUUAUGAUUUCAAACUUACAACUUAGAAAGCAGAUAUUAAGACAAGAUGUAAUGUACCAAAAUCUUUGACCUUGACCCAUUUCUUCAUUCAAAGUCACUCUUUUACAUCAAAAUAUAAUCAAAACUAUAACUUAGGUGUAAUAUUGAUGCAAGUCGUUGUUAUUGCCUCUUACGCUUGCACUCAUUGUUGCCCCGGCUAUUAGACAAUCAAACUUUGAAGGGGAUACAUCUGUUGUUGUUUUUUGUAAAAAAAAAAAAAAAAAAAAAAAAAAAAAAAACAAUACCUACUAGUUCAUUAUCAUUUACAUAUGGUGUUUAUGUCACUAAAGUGAUUCAAUACGCAUGAGCUUAUUUUGCGUAUGAUAAGUUGUUAAAUCAGGUCAGGCUACUGACAAACAAGUUGAUGCUAAAACAGUUUAAAAGCCUUCUUUAAAACCAUUAUUUUGCAAAUAUAUGGUCGUUAUAAUGAUCUAGUUUGCCAAUACGUCCUGCUGUUGUGUUAAGUGCUGUCUGACGUAUUUCAUACCGAUUGUUAGGCCAUUCUUUACACACUGAUUUGACUACGGAUUACUCCGUUUAACCAAUCAAGAUAUAAGGCUCACAGAGGGUGUGACCAGUCGAAAGGAAAUACUUACUCCUACUAGGCAUCAGAUCCUACCUCUGGUAUAUACAGGGGUCCGAGUUUCCCCAACUCUUAAGUUUUCAUUCCUUAUAGGAGUUAUAAGAUUGAUCACUGUUCUUUAUCGUAAGAGGCGACUACUAAAAACGGCAGUUUAGAUUGCAAACUCUAAGAUCCAGUGUCACAUGUGUGGUACAAAAAAGAUCCACCCCCGGUCAAAGGCCGUAAGCACUGAGCAUAUGCCUGAAUUUUGCUGCAUUUCACCGCCAAUGGUGACGUAUCCACGUGAGUGAAAGAUUCUCGAGCGAAACGUUAAAUAAUAUAAAACCAAUCAAUCACUAGUUUCAAUAAGUUGAUUUUUGUUUUCAAUUGCACACAAGCCACCAUUACUGAUGCUAAUUUCAAAAUUGACAGGUCAAUUACAGAUUGUCAAGUGUUUCUACGGUAUACUCCGGAUAAUCAAUAAUGAAAAUGCCUUGGCUCUAUAUGACUUUCCAUGCUGAUUUGUACUUGUCAUUUCUCCUGGAAAAAACAUUUUUGACUCAUUCCUUCUUUCCUUGCAUAUUUAGAACAAUUGCUAAUAGAAUAUUACGAAUUGGAGUAAAAAUCAUCAUGUGAAGACAUGAAUGUUGACAAUGCAAAAAUACAAAACAGGCUUCAGCAAGAAAAUGAAUGUCAGAUGAUAUUUAGUGUUAUAUACUUCGGAUACUGAAAGAUAAUUCUCAUAGUCCUGUGUUUGUACGGACAUAAAGGAAUUCUACAUGAUAAUGUAAAAAUAAAUACAAUACACGGGCUGGGUGUCUAUUGUCAUAAUACGUCGAAAAGCAUUCAUGGGCAGGCAACAGAGAGCCAGUUUUAUUCUUCUGCAGUUUUUUAUUUGUACUUGCCAGUUACACAAUUUCUGUUUAACAACCCCGCUAAAUAUCAAUUCAGAUAUAUUGUUAGCUAGUUUGGGUUCUCGGUGGAAAAGGAAUUGCUUACGAUUUGAAUUGUAUAACUGGUAGGAAACUUAAUAAAUGUUUCGUAUGUAUAAGAAGGAAAUACAAUUUAAGUUAAGUUAAACUCAAGACGCUAUAUUUAGACGGCAAUCACGUGACGUAGGUUUUUUCUAAUGACAAAUCGUAAUUCUAGUCCGAGGUUAACGAAAAUAACUAGCAGGUUUCAAACGCAGUUUCAAAAUAUUGCAUGUCUGUUGAAAAACUGUCUAGGUGAUGUAGGAAUUAAAGGAAGUAAAAUAUUCCAUCUUGACCCCCGAUGAACUAUCAAGAAAGGAGAAAAACAUGUUUGUUUUGGAUCAAAUGUUAUGUACUGGCUUCUGUAGCAAAACAAAUGGAAAGGAAAGAAAGUUUAGGACUUUUAAAAUCAAGAAAUUUGCAAAGGAUCAUUCAUUUUAGUUUACGGCAUCGGAUCCAAGUUCUUUAAAAACAUUGUUUCACAUAUUGACCAAAACGGAUUCCUUCCAAGAAUACCUAAAACAAUAAUGGGCGUCCAAGUAAUGCAUCCAGCUUUGAACAACCGAACAAUAGAGUUGUCUUUAAACGGAACAAUGUGGGAGAGUUUGGGCUAUUUAGCCAAAUGGCAAUCGACUUAUGUAAAACGUGUUUGGUUUACUCGUAACCUUUAAACACCUGACAGUUGUAAACUCAGACUGUUUUGGAAUACCUCAUAGCUUAAUUUAUAAACAGGAAGUUCUUCGUCAAGAACGUUCAGAUUAUAGAUUAAGAGAAAAAGAGAAUAGUUCUAUACGUGAAGUUCACCAUCAGACCUGUACAUUUGAGUAACAGGGAAGUUAAUGCUAGACAUUAGUUCUCCCGGUGAAUUUACUUUAUUUCCCUUCUAAAGUUUCCAGAAGUGCUUCAAGACACAAAUACUGGGGAGGUGGCUGUUGUAACAGAAUCAAACACAUGUAAUGCUGAAUUGAACGAUCCUGAUACACUAAUUAUCUUCAACAAUUAUACACGUACAUUCAAUAUCAUGAUUAUCAUUUUCAGUGUUUGUAUUGCCUUCUUAUCAAAUAACGGUCCUCCAGAAAAUAAAUCACUUAUUGGGUUUUCAAUUGAAUGUCUAGGUAAAGGAACAGUCACUACCAAUUUUAGAUUUCCAUGGUUUUGACUCGACCAUCAGGAUGGAGAAUCGAACGAGGAACUUUCAAAUCGUGAAGCGAGCACUUUAACGACAAUGUUGCUGGGAUAUUAUGGAAUACACUGUAUUUUAAACUAAUGUGUGUACAUGUAUAUUUCAAACGUUGUUUCAGAAUUCCAUUCUGGUUCUACAUCAAACAUAUGUGGAUCGCCUUGUGUCACGUGUAACCAUGGCAUUCAUGUGUGUAUGUAUUGUACAGCGCAUCAACAUUUACACACAAUGACAUGUCGAUACAGAUGUAGCGAGAUUUGCUCUAGUGAUGACUGUUUUGGCAUAGAAGAUAACUGUACCAGUGACAUUACGAAGGAAAACGAAUUCAACAAUUACAGAGCAGACGGGAUUCAAACUCACGACCCUGCCAUUACGACUCAAGAUUGACUGGAUACAAUAUUGCAAUGGUGGCUUGGAUGGGUUUUUUUUAUUCUGCACUCUGUAAUGCAAGAACAAGUACGUCAUAUGAUCUUUUUAUAUGUCUCAGAAAAUAACCGUAUUCCUAAAACAACUUUUAUAACUACUGUAAUCAAACAUGCAUUAUAUUCUGCAGCGUUCCACAUGUACAGGAUACUAUUUUCAAACAAUAAACUUAUUUACAUUUAUUUUGCACAUGAUUUUUGGCAUUAUUAUAUUGUAGAACUGACAAGAGUUCAUGUCACAAUGAUCACCUGAUCAUCGUACAUGUGAUGAUAAAAAAGUGAAAUCAUAUACUACAUGAAUGUAUAGACCAGAAUGUUCUCUUAUGAAUAUUGAUAUAUGAUAAUGAAUAUCUCAAGCAAGAGUAUAAUGUUCAAGACGCGAUUUUUUAUUUUUUUUUUUUUUUACAUUUUCCUAUUAGCCACCUAAUAUGCUAAAUAUAUUAACUUACAACAGCAAGAGAUCAAUAUCUUGCGUGUCGAAUGAGUUGAGGUAUAUGAACACCAUAAGCAGGUGAUAUAGAGCAUGGGGGCAGUAUGUUAGUCAACACUAAAUCAUAUAUAUUUCUUUACAUAUCAAGUCUGAUUACAGAUUGCUCCUUUCACUUGAUUAGAUAUAAGGUCCACGGCGGGUGUGACCGGUUAACAGGGGAUGCUUGAUCAUCCUACAUUGUACCUAUUGUCAUUUGAUCCCAUCUCUGGUGUUCCAGGGGCUCGUUCUUGCCCCACUGUCAAUUUUAUAUUCUUUAUAGUAUUUAUGAGAUUUAUCAUUUUCCCUCAUCUUUACUUUUUCAUACAUAUUUCUCAAACUUCAGAUAUCGGAAUUGACAAAUUUGAUUUAAUCUUAAUUGCCCAAGUCGAUCCAUAAUUUCUUUGGUUAUAUGAUUCAGAAAAGGAAUGUUGCAGUAUAUUAAUAUGUUUUACUAGUUUGUAAAAUAUUUAGGUUUUCAAGUAUCACUUAUUAAAUAAGUGAAUUUGGCUCUUUAGUUACCAUCUAUUGAAAUUCUACACUUCUUUGUAAUCGCGUACCUCCCAACAAUUAUGGAGAUGAGUUAUGGCUAACGGUGAAGCCCCUAAAUCUUACAAGAAUGAUACUUUUUAGGGAAAUAUCAAUCUGGAUUCACCUUAAGUUAAACUGGCUUGAUUUCUCAACGAUCCCCCAUCCCACUUUCUAACCCUCUGUAUAAUUUCAGGUUCAUGCAUUAUGCAUGAAAUUGAUUGACUAUGAAAACAACAUUUAACAAUCCCACUAAAUAUCAUAUUGAAACAAUGCAUAACUUUCCAAGAAAUGUAAUACAUUUAGAUACUUUGAAACAGACAAAUUCAGAACUAUGUCUUUAAUUGUCAAAAUAUAGCAUACCAAUUUCGUUGCUACAUUAUAUCCAACCAUUUAUCUAUGAAGGGAUAAAAGAUGAAAGUAGCUGAAAUCUUUCAUUUACAUGCAUGCAAGGUGAAGAUAACGAACAGUGAUCAAUCUCAUAACUCCUACAAGCAAUACAAAAUAGAUAGUUGGGCAAACACGGACCCCUGGACACACCAGAGGUGGGAUCAGGUGCCUAGGAGGAGCAAGCAUCCCCUUCUUCAACGAAGGACACCCCCCCUACCGCGACCAACGAUCUGACACAUUUGAAGCAAGGUGAAGAUAAUGAACAGUGAUCAACCUCAUAACUCCCACAAGCAAUACAAAAUAAAGAGUCCCUGGACACACCAGAGGUGGGAUCAGGUGCCUAGGAGGAGUAAGCAUCCCCUGUUGACCGGUCACACCCGCCGUGAGCCCCAUAUCCUGAUCAGGUAAAGAAAGGCGGACGGAAGUAUCAACAAGGGUCGUUGAAAAGCGAGAGGGAUUAUGCUUAGUACCAGAUCCUUAAUGAGUUCUCUCAGACGGAUUUUCUCACAACCACGAUUUAUUCGUUCUAUAUCAUUGUCAAAGGAAAUCAUGAAUUUUAAUCAACACUACAUCGUAUUGAUGAAAUAUUUUCAUGCAGUUCUUCCAAUAUUUUCAAUUAAAAUUCCAGAAACAUCGACAUAUACCAUAUGUGCACGGUCUCAGCAGACAUCAACAAAUAGUUCUCUGUCUGCCAAUCUUGGUUGUGAUGAGGACAUGGAGACCUGCUCUCUAACCAAUGAUGGAGUUAAUCAGUCCUGGUCUCUUGAAUUAGACAAUACUUAUACAGUCGAUUGGAUCUUUCUUUCCGUUGGUGCUGGUACCUACAGCAUUUAUGUAGAACUAAUUGGGAGUCCACCAGUGAAGUGUAUGGAUAUUAGACAAUCUGAAGACAAGAAACUUACACAGUUUCAGCAACUGAUUACCUGUAAAUAUCCUAAUGCUGCCUACAGGAAAGGAAAUAGAAUUAGCAUAAUUCGAACACAAAGUGGAAGAACAAAGGUGUUUGAAUUAAAACCAAUAGGACUUUCUGGUAUUAAUCGAUCAGUGCAACUGAAUUUUACGGAAUCUUCGAAGGGAGUGUCCAAAGCUUUAGAUAACGACAUGGACACGUUUUACCAAUCACCAGAACAGGUCCAGGCGUCUUGGUUCCUAAAAUUGGACAGAAACUAUGUGAUUAAGUGGAUUCUUAUAUCGACCAGGGGAGGAAAUUAUGAAGUACACUUUAAAGAAGAUGACGCACUAACGAGUUCAUCAACAGUGUGUCAGAAUUUCAGACUCCCUGGAAUAAAGCAACAGAACACAGCAUUGGAAUGUUACAAAGAAAUGAAGGGAGAUACAAUUAUUAUAAAAAGGACCGAUGAUGGACCAUUGAGGCUGUUUGAAGUGUACCCUAUAAUAUGUACUGCAGGUCGCUAUGGACCAAACUGCGCUAAAUGCAGGAAGGAGUGUGUGUCCUGUAGUCCUAUAACAGGUGUCUGUAACCAAUGUCAAGGACCGUUCUAUGGUGACUUCUGUCAGCACCAAUGUCCGACAAACUGUCUCAACGCCACGUGUGACCAGACAUCAGGGACGUGUGAGAGCUGUAUAGAGGGUUACUAUGGAAAGUGUUGCACUCAUGAAAUCACUACAGCGUCAACAAUUAAAGAAACUGAAGCGUUCACACGAAAAACCAACAAUGAUGAGGUCACCACAAACUGUGAUGAGGACACCACCAUUACUGGCAAAAUGGUUGCCGAACAAGAUACAAAUAGAGAGGUAUAUAACCUGACUGUCAUAUUGUUGACUGUUCUCGUGGUGUUAAUUCUGGUAUUGGUCCUAACUGUGGUUGUCCUCAUUAACAAAAGCAAGAGAACAGGAAAAGACAAAACAGAAAAAGAAAAUGGCCUCCCCGUGGAAUUCCAUAGAGUGGAGUCACGAAAUGAGUCCGAGCUGGAGGAGAUUCCCCAGGGCGAGUCUAUCUUUGUAGAGGAGGAAAUCGUUACCGUAGAGUACAGUAAUUUGAUGUCACAAAGAAUUUCUAUUGAUCAAUUCAUUAGAGAAUUACCAGAGAAAAAGGACAACGAAGUACUAGCGAAAGAAUUUAACGAUCUUCCCACUGGACUACUAGAAUCUCAUUCGAAUGCCCUGGGGGCAUCCAACAGAAAGGGAAACCGAUACAAAGGAAUUUAUCAAUAUGACUAUAAUUGUGUGAAGUUGAUGAGAGAAGAUUCAAAUGACAGCGAUGACUUUGUCAAUGCAUCCUACAUUAAUGGUCUCAACAAGGAACGAAGUUACAUCGCUGCGCAAGGUCCUUUCACCCCCAAGACGUUGGAGGAUUUCUGGAGCGUGAUCUGGCAGAACGACUCAACACGGAUCGUUAUGCUGACUAAUCUUUACGAGGGAGACAGAAUGAAGUGCCUGAAGUACUGGCCGGACACGCUGCUGGACAUUGGUCCUUACGUCAUCACACUAGACACUGUGGACGUGUAUGAUCACUAUGUCCUGCGAUAUAUGACUGUUCAACAUCAGGAUGAAGAGAAGAGGGUAACACAGUUCCACUUCACCACUUGGCCGGACAACUCCGUCCCAGAUGAUAUUACGUCACUCAUAUGCUUCCGUAACCUAGUGAGAAAUGGACUGAGCAUUUCAGAUGAGCCGGUGGUCGUCCAUUGCAGCGCCGGGAUUGGUAGAACGGGGACGUUUAUCUCCCUUGAUUAUCUCCUGGAAGAGAGCGUUAUGGAGCAGACCAUUGAUAUCAGGGGAUAUGUUGCUUCUCUAAGACAGCAGCGGGUAGGAUCUGUACAAACAUGUGAGCACUACAUCUUUCUCCAUGAUGCACUGGUUGAAGGACUUACAAACAUGAACGUUCGCCAUAGCUGUCUAUCUGUGUUGUAAUGCUGUUUUGUCAGCCAGUGCUGUCUGUUCUAAUAUUAUGGAUUUUCAAACUGUACAUGCGUUUCUGCGGAAUUAAUGUUUUCAUUUCUGCUUGAUUAAUGUAAAUUUUAAAAUAUUUCAUAUUUCCAAAAUUUAUAGGAUACGUACUUAAUUGGGGAUUGAACAUACUGUUAAUAUUAGCCUUAGAAUUGCAUUGUCUCUAGAACAAAAUUGAGCGUAUGAGUAUCGAAAAUUUAAUAAACAUGAGAAUAAUUGUCAAU